AUGAGAUCUUUGGUCGAGUCGACCACACGAUGGCAAGAGACUCUGAAGCAUAGCACCAGUCUUGCAGAUCUGCAACGAGCCGUCAAGGACAACGGCCCGAGAAGCCCCUGCAUUUCGGGAUGUAGGUCUAUCUGCUGGAAGGUCUUCUUACUCACCCAGUCUACUAAUAUCGUGGAUUGGUCCCACGACAUUUCCGAGUCACGAACCACAUACUCAUAUCUAAGAGACCAUUUCUUAAAAUAUAUAAAGCACCCCGAGCAUCUUACAGCUGAUUCCGUCGACCCCUUGGCAGAUGAUGCCGAUUCACCUUGGAAUACCCUCCGUAAUGAUCAGACACUUAGGGCUGAGAUUCUUCAAGAUGUUCAACGCCUGCCGGACGAGCCGUUCUACCACCAGCCUGAGAUACAAACACUCAUCCUGGAUGUCCUUUUCGUCUAUUGUAAACUUAAUCCAGGCAUAGGCGGGUAUCGUCAGGGUAUGCAUGAGCUUUUGGCUCCAAUUGUCUAUACCGUAGAACAAGAUGCUAUAGACCCGGGCGAUAUCGCUUCAAGCGAUUCAGUCGACCCAAUAAUGCUGGAAAUCUUAGACGCUUCAUUUAUUGAACACGACGCAUUCGCUCUUUUCUCAAAGGUCAUGGACCGUGCAAGGUCAUUCUAUGAAGUUACCGAGUCAGCAACAAAUGCGCCGCUCACAACAUUUGAUCAACAGUCUACCACAUCCUCUAUUGUCGAGAAAAGCCAGUAUAUACAUGAAGUUUGUCUGUUCAAAGUAGACCCCGAACUCUCAACUCACCUUAAGAAUAUUGAAAUUUUACCGCAGGUUUUCUUAAUCCGCUGGAUUCGUCUCUUAUUUAGUCGCGAAUUUCCCUUCAACCAGAUGCUCGUGCUUUGGGAUACCCUCUUCUCCGUGGAUCCGUCAUUUAGACUGAUAGACUUGGUUUGCACAGCGAUGUUGAUCAGAAUUCGAUGGGACUUACUCAAUGCGGACUAUACCGUUGCGUUACAAUUGCUACUCAAAUAUCCACCCCCGCAGCAAUCACAUGGUCCACAUACUUUCAUCGACGACGCAGUUUAUCUUAGAGCGCAUCUAGACUCAGCCGGAGGCUCUACGCUCAUAACAAAGUAUACCGGAAGAUCUCCUUCACCUUUAGGAGCUAAAUACGAAGCAUCUACACCUAAGGUGUCAGCUUCAAACAUACGGCGGAAGUUAGCUGGUGCUAGAUCACCUUUAUCACCCGCUCGCUUCAAGCCACCGCAGGGUGGUAUGGAGGCAUUGCUACAAGGUGCGGCUAAGGGCGUACUCGAGAGGGGAGAGAAGCUCGGCAUUAAUCAAGCAGUACGCGACGCGAUGUUAGAGAUACGCCGUAACGUUCAAGAAGCUAGAACCUCUAUGAAGGCGGGUAGGGAUCUCUUAGGCGAACCAGGCUCGAGCACGACGGUACGAGCCGUCGCGAUGCUAGAUCGAAGAAAUAGGCGCCUGGCAGCAUUACUUGACGAGCCUCUCACCAGUGUGAAGAGUCUUGCAAGUUCCGAUCUAGAAGAUAAGCGGAAAUGCUUAGAUGCUCUCGAGAUUGCUGCUGCGAAGAUACAAUUCAUUAAAAUAUACCUAGAAGAUUCUACCUUGGAUCUUCCAGACGACGAAGAGCCAGUGUCGUCGAUAUCAUCAGAUACACCCGGCGGCGACGAAAAACUCGAUCCCGAGCCUCUAAGCCAGGCGGUUGCAGCAAUAUCUCUCGGCGCCCCAGCCCAAGCCCAAGCAAUAUAUCCUCAAAAUCCCGAGAACACAAAACCAUUGUCAACCAAGUCGUCCCUACCGGAUCCGGAUAUAAUUAACAUAGAUAAUGAUCCAUUAGGCUCUGGGGCACCAGCAGCGUCGAUAGUAGAGAAGAAGCUAGAACGUCCCCAGCCUCCUAUCCCUACACGGUCUACCCUAGCACAAUCCUCCUUCUCCUGGAUGCUGGAACCCGACGCCGCGCCAUCAUCUUCCUCUCCCUCCAUAUUCCCUUCAAACCUACCACCUAUAGAGUCCUCGCACCGCAAGAGGCCGUCUGCGAACGCUAGCCGCGAGCGCACUGCGUUCCUGUUUGGCGAGGUUGCUGCCGACGAGGCUGGAAAUGCCGUGCUGCCGGGGGAUAUCUUUGGUAUGGAGGAGAUACGGAAGGGGAAGAGUUAA